AUGCCUAUCAUCCGAAACCCAUUCAGAAAGAGCGGCGUCGAGCCGCAAGGCGAGAACCGACCGCCUUUGCAGGGUGGGGCAGAUCGAGGGUUUCAGCAGACAAAAGUUGUCGGCGCGAAGCCAGUGGAUAUCAAAGAGCCGACCGAAUACAAACUUAGCGAGAUCAACGAUAGCGGCGUUUACCUUCCGCCGUCGCCGACAGAGAAGAAGAGCUUCUGGUCAAGCCGGUCCAACACGUCGACGAACUCCUCCAACCAUCGCAGCGUCUUAAGCGAAAAUGAGCCAUUCAGCAUCUCCCGGGAGUCCUUCGACUCGUACCGCAGGUCCUUUGACAUCUCCGCUCGAUCACCCAUCCCCGACAUGGACAGCUUCCCUCGACAAAGCCUCGACUCUCGACGAGCCCGCAUGCCCAACGAGCGAAUGCCCAGUGACCGUCUACCCCGCUCAUCUCUCAGUAUAGACAGAGUAGAACCCACGCCAGAAGAAGGGUUCGAGGAGGUUGGCCUCAACGACGAGGUCAAACCCAAAAGGCGCGGCCUGUUUUCGCGAUUCGGCGACUCCUCAGAAGCAAACUCGAGCCCUGACACCAAGCCUGUCUCGAGCCACCACAGCUUCCAUUUCACAGGCAGAAAGCGGGCCCAGAGCGGAGCGGGAGCUGAACUGAAGAGCAUGCCCAAGCCGGCGGGCAGUCAUGCUGUGGAGGUGCCGGUAGAGGCGAAAUAG